AUGCAGACAGAUGAGCCGGCAACAACCAUCGCCCACAAGAGCAACAAUGGCAAUGGCAAUGCGAUGAUGGCAAACUGUUAUUAUGCAAACAAAUUACAUGGCGGAUAUUUCACUGAGGGAAAAUAA